CGUUUCGGCGGGAAGAAAAGCACACAAAAAAAAUUCCAAUUCGUUUCAUUUAGAACCGCCUCUCACUCCCAAAAUAUAUCACAGUUAUUUUUUCAAAACAAGAGAGAAGGAAAAGGCGAGAGACGAAAGCGAUCCACAUUCACUUCCGAGCAAGAAAAAAUGGCAUCGACCGUGGAGGACGACGUCGAUCGAUUGUUUGAAUGCUUCAAGUGCGGCUUUUCUCCUCCCCAAUCUGCUGUGAGACGAAAAAAGAAAAGAAAAAGUAAAUUGAAGCCCGAGUGUUCAGUAAAUUCUGAGACUCCAGCUUCUGGAUCAGUUAAAGAAAGGCAGGAAACUGCAUCGAGCGUCCAAGAUACUGUGGAGAAAAUUGGUUUGACAAGUAAAGAAACAGGUUCUAGUUCCAAGAAGUUCUCUCCAGUCGUAUUUUAUUGUUCGCCUAGAGGUGUCCCUCCAAAGAGGCCAUCUAGUUUGUGGAGAUUAUUGCAUGAAAUCCGUGUCGAUCUCUCUGAGCAAAGCAGAUUCAAGUUAAGCAAGCAAGUAUGGUCCACAUUUCCCAGACAAGAAGAAGCAAUUAAUUUUGCGAGAGCACACACUGAUGUUCAUAUUUUUAGUUAUCAAGAUCACUUUAAUGGACAAAGGAGAUUUCUAGUUUCAUCUUACAGUGAGUUCUGGCAUAGGUACAACAGCAUGGAUUCAAAAUGUCGCCACCAUUAUGAAGUGAUCCAAGAGGGCGCUCCUUGUCACCUUUACUUUGAUUUAGAAUACAGUAAGAGGAUCAAUAUGGGAAAAAAUGGAGACGUAAUGGUUGAUUCCUUGAUAUCAGUUGUUCUAGAAGCCUUGAAUGAAAAGUAUUCAAUUCAAGGAAGCUUUGACUGGGUACUAGAGCUAGAUUCCUCAAACGAAGAGAAGUUCUCUCGCCACCUGAUAAUCCGCAUACCAAAAGUCGCUUUUAAGGAUAACUCGCAUGUAGGAGCAUUUGUUGGUGAGAUAUGUUCACGGAUUUGUAAUGCAAAAGUGGAAGGGAGAUACGAAGAACUGUUUGUCAGAAAAGAUUCAAGCUCCACUGAAUUUCCCAGCCAUCUGUUUGUGGACAAUGCAGUUUAUUCUAGAAAUCGUUGCUUUCGUUUAGCUUUGUCAUCGAAGGCAGGGAAGAUUUCUAUGCUUCUACCUACGGGGAGGCAUGGUCGUACAAAAAUGUGUAAGAAAGACAUGUUCAUGGCAUCCUUGAUUUGCAACGUUGGUGCUGACUGUGAGAAGCUUCUAGUUUGCAAAAUGGAUUUAGACUGCGUAAAGACAUUGCAAUUUGAGAUGGAGGAGAAAUGUAAUUUUGGACGGCAUUUCAGUUUCGCUAAAGAAGUACCGUUGACUGGUUGCAUGAGAGAUGUUUCGGCAACUUCUUGCAUGGGAAGAUCUCCAUUCCCAGCUGUGGAUAAGUUUGUUGAAUCAGUUGCCUCCACUGGAUGUUUAGCAGGAAAAAUACGCUGCUGGUAUUGGUUCUCAGAAUAUGGACUAAUAGUCUACAGCAUGUCCCGAAAUAGAUACUGUGAACGUAUUGGUCGUGAACACAAAAGCAACCAUGUGAUGUAUGUUGUCGACCUUAGGAGGGCUGCAUAUUAUCAGAAGUGUCAUGAUCCAGAUUGUAGAGGUUAUCGAUCUCCUCUGCGUCCAAUCCCAAUUGAUACCAUGCCUAGUCCAUGGGUUUCCAUGGAUUCAGAACAGAUAUCAAAUGACAUAGUGUCAACCGAUGAUUGCAUCCAGUAUCAAUCUCUAAGCAACGAUGAAAAUUGUCUUUUGCUUUUCAGUGAUAAGAACAUUACAGAUAGCAGUGCCAAGGAUUCCUGGUGGUUUGAAGUGAUGAGAGUGGCCGACGAUGUUGAAAACAAACGGAACAUGGUCCUUGGAAAAUUAGAGUUUGAAGACGAUGACUGGUGGAUGGCUGUGGAAAACUCAGUAAAAGAUUUGUCUACUUGAAAAGUCAGGACUGGAUGGCAAAUGUAUUCUCUUGGUACCAUAAAGAAAUUAUUAUGCAUUUGGAAGCAUCCAAUAACGAACCUGUUGGAUAUUUGGCUACAAUUUAGGCGUGGUUCCUUAGAAUGUUAGCUCUGCAAAUUCUACUAGGAAAAUUGCAUUCAGUUCUGUCAGAUGAAUGAGAGGCCUAUACGUAACUAAUUGUGGAGUUCAGGAUGUGAUUUUACUUAUAGUCAUAGAUGAAACGUAUGGUAUGAUGAGAGUUAAAUGUAGUGUUGAAGUUUUUCUGCUCUAAAAGCAAAGAAUAAAUCAGGAGUGCAAGAGCGAGUAACUUUUGAGAGUUAAA